AAAAAUUUAACACAUCAUCGAUUAAAAUUCAGGUAAAAAGUAAAAAUUAAAAAUCUGGAUGUGUUAGAAAACAAAACCCUAACACGUUCAAUUCUGAAAAAAAAAUAAAUCACAAUCCCUUUCUUUUCCUCUCUGAUCUGCAAACACAUUUCAAGAGAACGUUUUUGUUGUUGCGCCCAAUCGGUGUUGCAUUUUUCUUUUGCAGAGAGGAGGGGAAGUCUUUAUUUGUGAGAUUUUUCUUAGGAAGAUGAAAAACACGGAGAGGAUUGCAAAUUUGGCCGUAGCAGGUUUAACUUUAGCCCCGCUUAUUGUGAAAGUAGAUUCAAAUGUAAAUGUUAUCUUGACUGCUUGCCUCACCGUGUAUGUGGGAUGUUAUCGUUCUGUCAAACCAACACCACCUACUGAGACAAUGUCCAAUGAACAUGCAAUGCGUUUCCCCUUUGUUGGGAGUGCAAUGUUAUUAUCACUUUUCUUGCUCUUCAAGUUUCUAUCUAAGGAUUUGGUCAAUGCUGUGUUGACUGGUUACUUCUUUUUACUAGGGAUUGUCGCUCUAUCGGCAACAUUAUUAUCAUCUGUCAAACGUUUUUUGCCAAAGCAUUGGAAUGAGGACCCCAUAGUCUGGCGUUUUCCAUAUUUUCGUUCUUUGGAGAUUGAGUUUACAAAGUCGCAGAUCGUUGCUGCAAUCCCUGGAACCUUUUUUUGUGCGUGGUAUGCCUUGCGGAAGCAUUGGCUAGCAAAUAAUAUAUUGGGUCUUGCUUUCUGUAUACAGGGAAUUGAAAUGCUCUCUCUUGGGUCUUUCAAGACUGGUGCUAUUCUCUUGGCUGGACUCUUUGUUUAUGACAUUUUCUGGGUUUUCUUCACUCCAGUGAUGGUCAGCGUUGCAAAAUCAUUUGAUGCUCCAAUAAAGCUUUUGUUCCCCACCGCAGAUUCUGCAAGGCCAUUUUCAAUGCUUGGACUUGGUGACAUUGUUAUCCCUGGUAUCUUUGUAGCUUUGGCCUUGCGGUUUGAUGUUUCUAGAGGAAAACAGCCCCAGUAUUUCAAGAGUGCAUUUUUAGGAUACACUGUUGGCUUGGUCCUUACAAUCAUUGUGAUGAACUGGUUCCAAGCUGCUCAGCCUGCCCUUCUAUACAUUGUACCUUCUGUUAUUGGGUUUUUAGCUGCUCAUUGCAUAUGGAAUGGUGACGUCAAACAGUUAUUGGAGUUUGACGAGUCCAAGACUGCCAAAUCAUCUCAAGAGGAGGGUGAUGCCAAAUCUAGCAAAAAGGUUGAAUAAGUCGAAGCCAGUUCAAUACCAAUACUUUUGAGUCAUAGAAGAAACAUUUGGUUUUCUAGGAACCCCCAUUACCUGUAAUGCUAUGUUAUUCAGCGGCAACGUCUGUAAAGAUUUUGAUUAAGAAAACUAACUAGCCUUAUUUUCAGUGUAGGAUUUUGCUUUUACUUCUGAAGUUUGUUUUUAUGGCAAACUAUUUUGGCAUUUUAAAAAAAGAAAAAUUUCACUGCCGUGUAACAUGGUAUGUGGGACUAAUUUAAAUAAGUUUGCAGAGGAAGGCAUGCUUGUUUGGUUCA